AUGCCUCCAGAAAUCAAGUCCAUCGCCGUCGCUGGCGCUCAAGGCAGCGUCGGGAAGCCCACAAUCCUCGCCCUCGCUUCAGUUCCCCGCGUCUCUGUCCUGGCGCUGACACGCAAGACGGCCUCGCGUUCGGACUGGCUCCCCCAAGGCGUUGCUCACGCAGGCAUCGACUUCGACGACGUCGACGGCACGGCGGAUGUGCUGCGAGAGCACAAGGUCGAGGUCCUGAUUAGCGCCGUCUCUCAUGGAGCCGUCCUGGCUCAAAUUCCUCUCGCGGACGCCGCGAAGGCGGCAGGUGUAGGGCUGUUUGUGCCGAGCGAGUUCGGUACGAUCACGAUGGGUUGGCGCGAAGAGGAUACUAUACCCUCCUUUCUGGCACCGAAGAUCAAGGUCGCAGACCAUCUCGAUUCCAUAGGGCUACCCUCCCUGCGCAUCUUCGUCGGCAUGUUCAUCGAAGCCAUCACCACGCUCGUCGGCUACGACGUCAACAAAAAGGUCAACAUCUUCAAGCCUCUUCAGGGAGACACCCCCUUCUCGGCGACAUCUGCGCCUGACAUCGGUGGCUUCAUCGCGCACGUCGUCACGCAUUACCCCCUCUCCGAACUCGCCAACAAGGCGCUUCGCAUCGAGGGGGAGCGACUGACUCUCAACGGCCUCGGCGCUAUCCUAAAGGCACCCGUAGAGAAAGUGGAGGAGGUGCCGUCGCUUCCAGGAGGACCGCCUCCGUUCAUCAUGUCAGGACUGCAGACUAGCAUCGAGAAGGGGCUCAUGAAUCAGGAUACCAAGGUUGGAGAGAAUGACGGGGCUGGCGGCGCUGAUCACAUGUGGCCGGGCCAUCGGUGGACAACGAUGAAGGAGUACUUGCAAUGUAACAUGUAG